AUGUAUGAACCAACUUUAAAAAAUUUAACAAAUCUUAAUUAUGGUAAACCUCCAGAGUCUCAUAAUGAAAAUCUUCAAAAUUUUGGUACUCCACACAUAGACUCCUUCAAUUAUAUGGUUGAAGAAGGAUUGAACUUGAUUGUAUCUGAUUUAUUGCCAGUUGAAUUUGAUUCAAAAGGAAAAUAUCGUGUUAAAUUUACAUUAUUGAAUGCUACCAUUCAUGAACCUCGAGUACCAACAGGAUCGUUAGGUGUUAAAACACACAAUAUAUACCCAUUAGAAUGUAGACAGCGUCAUGGUACUUAUUCAGGAAGGCUUGAAAUAAAACUGAGUUGGUCAAUUGAUAAUGUUGAACAAAAAACUAUUGAUAGAGAUAUUGGUCAAGUACCAAUCAUGUUAAAGUCUAAAUUAUGUCAUUUAGAAAAAAUGACUCCUGAACAACUGGUUAACCAUGGAGAACAUCAAGACGAGUGGGGUGGAUAUUUUAUAAUAAAAGGCAAAGAACGUUUAGUACGGCUUUUAUUGGGCACUAGAAGAAAUUUCCCAACUGCUGUUCAAAGGAAUACUUGGAAAAAUAAAGAUAAAUAUUUUUCAGAUAUUGGUAUUAUGAUUAGAUGUGUCAAGGAUGAUUUGACAACUGUUUCAAAUACUUUACAUUUCUUAACAAAUGGUACAGCCAAACUAAUGAUUCCAAUUAAGAAAAGAAUAUUUUAUGCACCAAUAUUUUUAAUAAUCAAAUGCCUUACAAGUAGCUCUGAUGAAUUUAUAUUUAAACAUAUUAUAAAUGGACACGAAGAUGAUUUGUAUUUUCUAAGAUCUGUUAUGGAAAUGUUGCGUUCUUUACAUGAAAAUAAUAUACAUAGUCAAGAAGAUGCUAAGGAAUAUGUAGGAAUUAUGUUUAGACCUAGAUUUCCUGAAUUACCUGAAUGGAAAUCAAAUAAAGAAGUUUGUGAUUAUAUGAUGAGGAACUAUAUUUUAAUUCAUUUAAAUACCGAUUUUGAUAAAUUUAAACUUUUAGUAUUUAUGCUUCAAAAGUUAUUUUCAGUUACUCAAAAUAAAUGCUUAGCUGAAGGUGCUGAUGCAAUUAUGAUGCAGGAAUUAAUGCUUGGUGGUCAUCUUUAUUUAAAAAUUCUCAAAGAAAAAUUGCAAAUGUGGUUAAAUUUGAUUAAAGUCCAUUUUCUUAAAAUUGACCAAGGUGGGCAACCAUCUAUUGGUGAUAUGAUGACUGCAUUAAAAAAAUGUGACUUUAUUGAAUAUGCAUUAACUAAUUUUUUUGCUACUGGUAAUCUCAAUAGUAAAUCUGGUUUAGGAAUGCAGCAAGAUAAAGGAUUGACAAUUUUGGUUGAAAAUAUAAGUCGAAUGCGUUAUAUGGCUCAUUUUCGUGCUGUGCAUCGUGGUGCUAUUUUUGAAUCUAUGAGAACUACUGAACCUCGUCGACUUUUACCAGAUGCUUGGGGUUUUAUAUGUCCUGUUCAUACUCCUGAUGGAACACCAUGUGGACUUCUUAAUCAUUUAUCCAAAUCUUGUAUAGUUACUAAAUCAAUUAGUAUAAAAAUUCUUCGUGAAAUUCCAAAGUUAUUAGUAUCUCUUGGUAUGUGUGAAGCGUCAUAUAAACCACAUGAUCUCAGUAUUGGAUUUAUGUAUACUGUAAUUCUUGAUGGUCGUAUUGUUGGAUAUGUACCAGAAACAUUAACAGAAUAUUUUAUUAAAAAACUUCGUACUUUAAAAGUUCAAGGAAAACAGAUUCCAGAGACUACUGAAAUUGUUUGGCUUCAAAAGAAAAAUGAAAAUGUUUUAGGCCAAUUUCCUGGCCUUUUCUUAUUUACCGGAAAUGCCAGAAUGAUGAGACCAGUUUUUAAUUUAGAUUUAGAACAAAUAGAACUUAUUGGAACUUUUGAACAAGUUUACUUAGAUAUAAGUAUUUCUGAAGAUGAAAUAAGACCUAAUAUUACUUCACAUAGAGAAAUCACAAAAACCGAUUUUUUAAGUCAUUUAGCAUGUUUAAUUCCAUUACCUGACUAUAACCAAAGUCCUCGUAAUAUGUACCAAUGUCAAAUGGGAAAACAAACCAUGGGAACUGCUUGUCAUAAUUGGCAUCUUCAGUCAGAAACAAAAUUGUACAGAAUACAAACACCUGCAACACCAUUGUUUAGACCUGUUCACUAUGAUACAUUAUCAAUGGAUGAUUUUGCAAUGGGUUUAAAUGCAGUUAUAGCUGUCAUUUCAUAUACAGGUUAUGAUAUGGAAGAUGCUAUGAUCAUUAAUAAAAUGGCAUUAGAACGAGGUUUCUCUCAUGGUUCCAUAUUUAAGACUGAAUUAAUUGAAACCAAACCGCAUACAUAUUUUAUGCUUGACCCAUUUAAAGAAAAUCUAGCUGAAUAUUUAGGUUCAGAUGGUCUCCCUCAUAUUGGAUUAAAAUUAUCUAAAGGAACACCAUAUUAUAGUUAUUUUGAUGAACAAAUACAAGGAUUUAUUGUAGCAAAGUAUUUAAGUGAAGAAGAGGUGAUUGUUGAUUCAGUUCGUCAAUGUGGAGAUUUUACAACAGGUCAAAAAAUACCUAAUAAAGCAACUAUUACAAUCAGAGUUCAAAGAAAUCCAACUGUUGGAGACAAAUUUGCUAGUCGUGCGGGACAAAAAGGAAUAUUUAGUAAAGGUUGGCCUUCAGAAGAUUUGCCAUUUACAGAAAGUGGAAUGGUUCCAGAUAUUGUUUUCAAUCCUCAUGGUUUUCCUUCGAGAAUGACUAUUGCAAUGAUGAUAGAAUGUAUGGCUGGUAAAUCUGCUGCAGUACAUGGUGUGGUACAUGAUGCUACACCUUUUAAAUAUAAUGAAGAAGAUACUGCAAUUGACUAUUUUGGACGUCUUUUAGAAGCUGGUGGAUACAAUUAUUUUGGAACAGAAUCAAUGUAUAGUGGUAUAGAUGGCCGAGAAAUGAAAGCAUCUAUAUUUUUUGGUAUUGUACAUUAUCAACGAUUAAGGCAUAUGGUAUCAGAUAAAUGGCAGGUUCGAAGUACUGGCCCUGUUGAUGCAGUCACCAAACAACCUGUAAAAGGCCGAAAAAGAGGUGGUGGUGGUCGUAUUGGUGAAAUGGAAAGAGAUGCAUUAAUAUCACAUGGAACACCAUUUUUAAUGCAAGAUAGAUUCAUGGAUUGUUCAGAUAAGUCAACUGGUUUGUUAUGCAUGAAAUGUCGAACAAUAUUAACACCAUUAAUUCAUUUUAAAGAAGACAGUUAUGCAAGUAAAGUUGCUAUAUGUAGAACAUGUGAUUCUACUGAUGUACAAGAAAUUGGAAUUCCUACCGUGUUUCGAAUUUUAUGUUCUGAGCUUGCUGCAGUCAAUAUUAAAUUGAAGUUAAAUAUUGAAGUAUAACUAAUGUAAAAAAAUUAAUACAGAAUAAAUUUUUUGUA